CACAAUGAAAGUCUACUCUCCACCCACCCUCCAGAGCCUGGCAUUUAAGGGGCUAAUGAGGGAGGAGGCCUUGGCCAUUUCUGCUCUCAGGGACCUGCCAAAUAGGCUGCUCCCAGUGAUGUUUGAGGAAGCCUUCAUUGCUGGACAUACAAAGAUCUUGACGGCCAUGAUACCUGUGUGGCCCUUCCCAUACCUUUCUGUAGGAAUGAUGAUAAAGAACCUCAACCUGGACACUUUGAAGGCUGUGCUGGAAGGCCUAGAUUUACUGAUUUCACGAAAGGUUUGCUCCAGUAGGUGCAAGCUCAGAGAGAUCAAUUGGAUGGAUAUACGCCAUGAGUUAUCUGGAAUAUGGGCUGGAUACAAUGAAGAUGAAGGCUUAGCAGAGUUCAUGACACAGAAGCAGCCAGUGGAGACCUGUCCUGACUGUGGGAUGAAGAAAGAUUUGACAGUGAUUACUCAACUCCAACUCAGAAAGGACAGAUUGGAUGAAUCUACUACAUACUUGGUACAGUGGGCCCAACAGAGAAAAGAUUCCAUUCACCUAUGCUGUAGAAACCUGGAGAUUCAGGGCUUAACCAUGGCCAUGGUCUUAGAAAUCUUCAGCCUUGUACAUGCAGACUGUAUACAAAUGCUGAGGCUAAGUUGUAUCUUCCUAGAAGAUUUGGCUAUGAUUAAUCCCUACCUGAGGCAGAUGAACAAUCUUCUCACACUCAUGCUAGAUCACAUCAACGAUACAAUCAGUGCGGGAGUUUCUAAAAGGCUUACUGAGGAGAAUGUGAUCAAAUGGAUUUCUCAACUUCCCACACUCCACUGUCUCCAGGAACUCUAUAUUGAUAAUGUCUAUUUUAUAGAAGGCAACCUAAAAGACUGCCUCAGUUGCCUGAAGAAGCCCUUGAAGGCACUUUGCAUCAUUAACUGUGACCUCUCACAGUCAGACUUGGAUUACCUGCCCUAUUGCCUGAAUAUUUUUGAACUCAAAUGUUUGAGCCUUAUUAAUACUAAUUUAACCUAUUCAUUCCUUGAGCCUCUUGGAUUUCUCCUUGAGAGAGUCAGACAUACCCUGGAAUGCCUGGAAUUGAAAUCUUGUGGUAUGGAGGAAUCUCAUUUCAAUACUCUGCUCCCUGCCCUAAGCCAAUGUUCCCACCUCACAGAAAUCAAUUUCUGGGAGAAUGAACUCUCCCUGCUUUCCCUGAAACAACUUCUACGCCACACUGCCGCGCUGAGCCGAUUGACUGAUGAGGUGUACCCUGCCCCUCUUGAGUGCUAUGAUAGCAGGGAUGUGGUACUCACACAGAGCUUAAAAAGUUUUUGUCCUGAGCUCCUGGAUAUACUUAAGGCCAAAAGACAGCCCAAGAAGGUCACCAUUGCUACAGCUCAGUGCUUGAGGUGUGGUAGGUUCUAUGUUUAUGAUCUGGAGAGAAAAUGUUGCCAUAUUGAAUAUGAGAUAAUUUAAGGUUGACUGUGGAAUAGAGAAAUGGAAGCUUAGU